GGUCGUUAGUCCAACAAGUUUCAGUCACAAGGACACAAUAUCAGAAUUUGGCCUUUUCUUCCCAAACUUGUGCCAUUUAGAAUUCAGAUGGGUGAGUUUCAUCACAACCUUUCGGUUUCAAUGAGAAAGCAAUGGUUUCCUUGGCUUUGGAAUGUAGGGAUGAUCAUGGGGUUAUUCAUGUUUGCCCAUGUAACAUGUGAGGAUCAUGAAAUUGGGGUUCCUCCAAUUGGCGCACUAUGUAUCAGUGAUUGUGCAACAUGUCCUGUCAUAUGUUCACCGCCACCUCCGCAGCUACAGUCACAUCCACCACCGACAUCUUCAGUGCACCACUCACCACCUUUAUACGCCCAGUCGCUGCCACCACCACCGCCACAGCCAGCACGAUCAUCACCACCACCGCCACCAACAUCCCCACCACUACCAUCUCCACCAGCAGCAUUGCCGCCAAAGGCUUCUUCAUAUUCUUCAGGGGGAUCGCCUCCACCUCCUUUUAUUUACUUCAACAAUAUGCCUCCUUCAGGUCCCGGACGUGUACCACCCAUGGCCGGAGCAUACGAUUACUCCUAUCCUUACUACUAUUACGCUUCCAUGGCUUCGACCUCUCUUUCAGUAGUCGAUGCUUCCUUCUUCUUAAUCAUGCUUCUUGUCUUCCAUUUCGUGUUUUCUUGCUGGUGAGUAAAACAAGGUGGUGACAAGUUCUUCUAAUGGAAAAUGCUAUGGGUUGAUCCUCACAAGUUUGUAGAAUUGAAGGAGAUUCCAAAAUUCUUCAGUCUGUUCAUAAGUGUUUCAGUAUAUUUGCUUCCUUUUUCUGGGUCCUUUUUGCACUGUAGCUAUGUUCAGAGAUAAAUUUAGUUUUUUGCUGAAUGAGUUCAGAUGUAUUAUAUAUUUUACUUGUAUAAAUUGGCUCAUUAUGAUUCUGUUAAAGGACAAGCAUAAAUGGUAAAUGUUUUAUAUGAAAGGUAUGUAAUUUAUCAUUCAUGCACAUCGAUGGAAGAGGAUUUUGUGGUUCUUAUGA